AUGAACAGCUUGCUGUUGACCAAUAGCCAUGACGCCGGAGAUGAAGAGAUUGAAGAUGAGGCUGGUACUUGGUUGGAUGAUAUGCCAGCGGGAGAGUUCCACAACACCCAACGACAUCGAUCGGUUCCUGACAAUGCAGGGAAGAAUAAGGGUAAGGCUGAGGCUGAAGAGAUUCAGGAGUUCAAGGGGAAUGAUGAUUCUCCAGGCCUAAGGGAUGCUCAAUUCGUUGUCCGCUCACUCAGAGCACUCACUUCUAUGAGAGACUCCAGGACUCAUUGGUUCGUCGCAUAUGUCACUGAAGAACAUCUUGAGACAAACAAGCGACAAACAACGCCAAAUUUUUCUUCAACUUCAACUGCCGUGGAUCAAUACGGGAAACCUUUAGUUGUGCCUCACUCAGAUGCACACAAUGCACCAGCACCCGCCACUGCUACAUCAGAGACCAGAUGCUGCCCCACUACGCGGUCGUUCUCCUUCGAGAAGUCCUGGAGCCCGCAGCACCGGUUACCUUGGUCCUCCCUCAAAAGCGCAGGUCUCCGCCUCCUAAAAGCCAAUACAUGCUUUAAUUGCGCUUAUGGGGCAAAGAAGGCGCCCAACCCAUCCCAAGUUUUUGGGGUUUUCGGUUUAAGUAUUAGGACACAAGAGCGGGAUUUAGACGAAGAGUUCUCUCUUUUUGGAGGAGUCGAAAAAGUUACAAUUGUUCCAGUCGUGGAACUCAACGGAGUCGUACGUUUUCCUUUCAUGCGAACUGAAUGUACGCCAUAUUGGGGUCAACUAUUCUGUCUCGCACGCACCAACACCUGGGGAGUAUAUGGGACAUCGUCACUAGGGACACCUACUCAGGCUCAGGCCGCGGCUCUUACCACCGCGACUCCUACCGUGAUUCAUAUCAUGACCACGAUUAUUACCGUUCCGAUCGCGAUAAGGAUAGGGACCCCUACAGCUGUCACAGCCGUGAUUGGCGCGAUCGUCGCAGCCCUCGUCUAAUUUUUAGGCACUGGUGCAGCAAGCUCCUCCAACCAGGCUGAGAACGGUAGUCGUUGGUAAUGUUUCAGCUGUCAGCAGAAACCAUUUCGAAGAUGUGCCAGCCGUGGUCCUUUGUUUCAGUUAUCGAUGGGCGAAAGUAUGCACAAGA